AUGGCGAUGGCGGACAAGCUUGACCCUGAGGCCGCCGGCGCCGGCAGCGCGAUGACAGAAAUUGAGCUAACAGAUGGUUAUCGCCUCGAAGCUGAUGUCAUUGCUUCUGAUUCUACUGGGAGACCACUACUAGCACCCGACAAAAAUCAAUUGGCUGAUGUGGGAAAAGGUGCCCCUUAUGGACAAUGCAGUAUGCGAAAUGACUUCCCCGGGAACAUCUGCAUCUGUCAAUCCUUCCAUACUAUCUUCAAGCCAGGUGGUGGAGAUGACUGGCAAGGUUGCAACAGUCAAGCAACCAGUUGCCUGUCUGCCUGUUUGGAGGUAUCUUCAGAUUCAGGAAUUUCUGCAUAUUCAAAGCAUGCAACCAAAUCAAUGGGAGUUCAGGAAGGUGGUGGCGAUGCUAUGACUUGGGCUGUUGUGGAUGAGGCUAUUGGUGCAACUCAGGUUCCAGAGGGACGUAACUUGCCUAGGGCUGCUGCUACUCGUGCUGCUGUUGCUGCCCCUGUGAGGCGUACUUAUGCUAGGAACAGGAAGCGUCCAAGGAACACAGUGACUCAAGAUAUUGAUGAAGUUGAUGAUGAAGACCAAGAUCAGCAUGUAGAUUCAGCAAUAGCAAUGGAGGAGGAUGAAGAAUCUGCACCAACUGAAACUGGAGAUGGACCAACUGGAGAUGGAGAUGGAGGCUUCAAUUUUAAUGUUGAUUUGCUUAAUUAG